AUGUCUGCCCUCGCCGAAUCCGUGACUGCGACCGCGACCGCCACUGCGCCGGCCACCGUGCCGCGCGUGCCCAUCCCUCCCAAUGGUGUUGAUUAUCGCGGGAAGAUCGUGCUUGCGCCGAUGGUACGUUCCGGCGAACUCCCCUCGCGCCUGUUGGCCCUGAAGUACGGCGCCGACCUUGUCUGGGGUCCCGAAACCAUCGAUCGCUCCCUUAUCGGCGCUGAGCGACGUGUGAACCCCCGCAACGGUACAAUCGAAUUCACUCGUGUCCCAUCCAACGGUGGCCGAACCGACAAAGCCGCAAAGCCAUCUGUGAUUUACCGACUCGACCCAGUACGUGAGAAAGGCCGACUUGUCUUCCAGAUGGGAACUGCAAACCCGGACCUCGCCGUGCAAGCCGCAAAGGUGGUGGCCGCCGAUGUUUCAGGAAUCGAUGUCAACUCCGGCUGCCCGAAGCCAUUCAGCACCAGCGGUGGCAUGGGUGCAGCUCUCCUGCGCACCCCCGAUAAACUCGUCUCGAUCCUCGAAGCCCUGGUUCGUGAAGUCGGCCAGCCCUACCAGAUUGGCAUCUCCGUUAAGAUUCGUAUCCUCGAAACCCCCGAACUCACUGAGGCCUUGGUUUCUCGACUCGUCCGCACCGGCAUCACAGGUCUCACCGUACACUGCCGCACAACUCCCAUGCGACCCCGAGAGCGCGCCAUCCGCGAUCAGCUCCGCAUGAUUAAAGAUAUUUGUCAUAAUGCCGGCAUCCCCUGCGUAAUGAACGGCGAUGUGACCUCUCGCGACGAGGGGCUCGCACUGAUGAAGGAGUAUGGAGUGGACGGUGCCAUGAUCGCUACAUCCGCCGAGGCAAAUUCGUCUUGCUUCCGCUCCGAGGCCGAUGGGGGUCUGGCGCCGUGGAAGGACGUCGUGUAUGAGUACAUGAAGUUCUGUCUUGAAAGCGAGAACAGGCUCGGCAAUACGAAGUACCUGCUCAACAUGCUCAUUCCCGGCAAGAACAAGGAAUUCAACCAGGCUAAGAACAGCAAGACCUAUCUGGACUUCUGCCGUGCACUGAGCUUCGAAGAUUUGAUACCUCUUGCUGUGCAAGUGGACGAGGUUCUUGAACUGACCGACAAGUGGGCCUCUGCUCCUAGCAAGGACCAUGUUCGCUCCAAGGCCAUUCAGAACGCCAUGGAAAACAAUGAAUCUGCCCGUGCUGCUGGUGGAAACAGUGCCAGAUCCAAGCACGCCGCACAACCCACGCACACCGGCGGGCCCAUUCGUACUUCCUCCUUCCCCGAGCCGGCCACGGCGAACAAGACCGAGAACGAGCAACCUGCCGUUGGUGCCUCGAUCCCCACUGCCCAGGCCGCUCCGCAGCCGGGAGUUACUGCAUGA